AUGAUUAAAUUAAUAUUUUAUAUUUUGUUAUUUAUAUUAAAUGAUAAUUAUAUAUUUGUUAAAUCUUCCAUAGGGUUAGGAAGUGGUGACGUUACGCCCGAUUAUAAUAAUUAUGUAAAUAAUUGGGGUUUUGAAGAAAAUUUUGCUUGGAAAGGUGAUACAGAAAAAAUAGAAUGUGGCCAUGGUUAUUAUCAUUUAUCGUGCUCAUUAUUAUUUCAAGGGAGUUACAAUAAUUCAAAUGAUGGAGAUUUAGAUUAUAUAGAAAGUGGUAGCGAAGAAAUUGUUCAGGAGUUUUAUUCAGUUUAUCAAAAAGUAUAUGUACCAGAAAUUGAUUUAAUAAAUUAUGAUAUAAAGCUAGAGUUUAGUAUUCAAUUACUGAAGCCUGAAAUAGAUGAUGAAAAUAAUGAUAUAGAUCUCUCAGUUUAUUUUAAUGAAAAAAAGCUAUUUUAUUACAAAUAUUCAGAGUGUAGCCAAGGUUUUAAAUCAAACUAUUUAACCCUUUUAAAUAAUAUAGAUAUCAUAAAAAAUAGUUUAUUGGGUGGAGUUAAUUAUAAUCUAACUUUUUCCUCAAAUGUAAUAUAUUCAAAAAAUUCAAGUUUAAAAAUUUCUAUCGAUAAUGUUUUUAUAUAUAAAUAUCCAAAAAUACUUUUAGAAUCAAAUGUAUAUGUAUCAAAUAAUGGUAGUGACACAACUGGUGACGGUAGUUUAAAAUCACCAUUUCAAACAAUUCAAAAAGCAAUCGAUUCAGUCUCACCUGGUUAUAGUGUUUAUUUAAUUUCAGAUUAUAGUUUUAGUGGCGACGAAACCAUUUUUAAUAGAGGGAAAAAUGUCAGUUUAAUAGGAGCACAAGAAGGUAUCCUUUUCAAUGUAGAGUUGUCCGAUGACUACGAAGGUAUUUUAUUCGUUUCAUCUCCAUCACUUUACCAAAUAAACCAAUCGAAUAGUAUAUGCAGUGAAAUUAUUAAUGCCCAAGAUAGUUUUACAAAAAAUAAUAUUCAACAAGCAACCACAUUUCAGAUUCAAUAUUUAAAUUUCAAUUUAGAUAAUAACAAUAAUAUUAAUACAACAUUUACAAUGGCCCAAUACUCAAGAUUGGAAUUCAAUAACAACACAUUAUAUAAUGUUUUUUAUAAUAUGGGUGUUUUUUUUUUAAGCCCUUAUUCCUAUUUAUCGGCUUAUGGUGGCUCUUUACAAAUGGGUGUUGAGCUAGGAAGUUUUGUAUGGUCUUUUUUAGCAACUGUUUAUUUCGAUUCAACUUUCUUUUUCUGUACUUCUUCAGUAAUGCAAAUUCAAGACACAAAUCUUACUCUUGUCAAUAUCUUUUCAAAUGGUCUUUGUGCUUAUCAAUCUUAUUUCAACGAUGGCGUGGUAUCAAGUGUUUCAAUUGUAGAUUCAUCUUUUUCAAAUAUAACCUAUACUGGUAAUCCAUUGUUUUUUUUUACUGGUAAAGAUUCUGAUAAAGUAGUGGUCCGUAUUGAUAAUGUUCAAGUAUUUGAUGGGGAGGAUGUUCAAUUUAUAGAUUCAUAUUUUACUGGUAAAUUAUAUAUAGAUGGGUUGCACAUUAGUAGAAUAAAAAAUUUAAGGAAUUUAUUUAGUAUUUAUAGUAUCUUUGAAAUCAAUAAUAUAGUUUUAGAUGUAAUAGAAUUCAUUAUAACACCAUAUACAAUGAACAUAUUUCCUUGCUCAAGAAUCUCUGGAGUUGGGAAUAUUACCAAUUUAGUAAUUUCAAAUUCAUUUGGUAAUAUGGAUGCACCUUUUAUACUUUUUUAUAAUUCUCAGGUAGUGUUAAAUAAUAUUCAAUAUUUAAAUUCAAAUUUUCGCUUGUUUUCGGCAACAAAUUCAACUCUUCAUUUUAACCAAAUGUCAGCUUCAAGAGUUCCAGAUGGUUAUCUUUUUAUUCAAAGUGAAAAUAGCAGUGUUAUAUUAGAUGGGUUACAUUUUUACAAUAAUAAUAAUCUUGUAUUAAGCGAUGGGACAUUCAACAUUUCAUUAUUGAAUUCAGUAUUCGAAAAUAAUAAAAACAAAAUUUCAUCAUCCACUUUAAACUUGGUAUUGUCAAAUAAUGGAAUCUAUAUCGAAAAUACGACAUUUGUAAAUAACUAUGGAUUUACAUUGGUUUCAUCUCUCAAUGAAAAAACUGCUAUCAUUAAUGUUGCUUUCAUUUCAAAUUUGUAUUGUAGCGAAUUGGAAGUUGUUGGUGGAGAUUUAUAUGUUUUUAAUCUUACUUUAUCCAAUAGUACUCUAAAUUCAAUAUUAGCAUAUAGCCCUGGGUGUGUGUAUCUUAAAAGUUUGGCAACUGCCACUAUUCUAUUCUCAAGAUUUAAUUACAGCUCCUAUCCUUUAAAUAUUGAAGAUGUUGAUCAGCUUCAAUUGCAUGGUAUAAACAUCACAGAUUCAAUCGGUACUAAACAUGUGGUAAAUAUGAAAAAUAUAAGCAUGGGUAAUUGGACCAAUUCUAUAAUUAAUGGUUCAAGUUUAUCUUUGGAUGGUUCUGGUCUCAAUUUAUAUAAUGUUUCAAAUUUUAUUUUUAAAGGUUUUCAAAUCGUUAGCUCCUCUUCUUCAAACUAUCCAUUUGCCAUUUCUAAUGACUGUGAUAAUUUAGAAUUUAAUCAAUGUGUCUUUUCUUUUUCAAAUAAUAUUAUCAAUGGGGGUUUCUUUUUUUCUUUUUCAUCGGUUAAGUUCAUAACCACCAAUUUUCAAAAUAAUUCAGUUCAUAGUGCGUUAAUAGUCUCACAAAAUUCUCAUAUAGUAGUCCUCUACAGCAAUUUCAUUUCUAAUUCUGCUUUGGUGACUUUGGCUAUUUCUUUAACUAGUAGCAAUUUUUAUAUAUAUAAUUCAAAUUUUGUAGAAAAUAUUCUAUCGACACUUAUUUCAAUCAGUUUUUCAAAUGGUACAAUAGAUUCGUGUGGGUUUAUGAAGAAUACUGCUCCAUCAUCUAUUAUUUCUUCUUUCUCUUCAAACUAUACUAUCUCAUCAACUCUUUUUGUAAAUAGUAACUCUGCCUCAUAUGGAACAUAUUCAUCAAUUAUAGACCACAGUAGUAUAGUCUUAAUGUCACUCUGUAAUGUUAGGGGUAAUUUGGCCUUUACAACACCAACAUUAUCAUUUACAAACAGUCAGGUUACAGUGAAGACUUCAGUUUUUAACAAUAACACAAAUAUUGGUGGAGCAGGUGGAAAUUUCUAUUUCCUUAAUUGCACCAUAUUGAUGAGUAGUAAUUCUUUCACCUACUCACAAGCUCAUAUUGGAGGAGCAAUUUAUUUAGAACAAUCAACUUUAGUUUUAGAACUAUUCAACACUUUUGCAGGUAAUUUGGCUACAAGUGGAGCUGCUAUAUUUUCAUUAGAUUCAAAAGUUAUUAUCAAUAAUUGCCAAUUUUACCAAAAUAUGGCUAAAAAUGGUUUUUAUUCAGAUUUAUUAGAUAAAAGUUCUUAUAUUUUAAAUGGGGGUAGUGUUUCUGUGAUUUUUAGAAAUUCCGACAAAAACGGUGAUAAUAGUAGUAAUAACGAUAGCGAUAGCAAUAGCAAUAGUUACAGUUACAGUUACAGUUACAGUUACAGUUACAGUUACAGUAACAGUAGCAGUAACAGUAACAGUAACAGUAACAGUAAUAGCAAUAGUAAUAGUGAUGAUAUAUAUCAUAUCCAAAUUAUAGGGUCAACUUUUUUUCAAAACUCAGCCUUAAGAAGUGGAGGUUCAAUAUUAUUAGAUUCAAAUUAUUUAUCUUUUAUAAAUGGUUCAGAAUUAGGAAAUAAUAUAGCAUAUGAUGAUGGUGGUGGUGCAAUUUUUACAUAUUAUCCAGAAAAAACAAUUUUGAGUGAUAACCAGUUUUCAAAUAAUACGGCUCCAUAUGGACAAGAUUUUACAUCAAAAGUUUCAAAAUUAUUGAUAUAUUUUAAUUCAGAUAUUCAACAUCAAGAUCCAUUCACCUUUUCAGUUUUACUUUUAGAUUACUAUAAUAAUUCAGUAAAAAUAAAUAAUGGUUAUAUGGUUGAUUUAUACAUUUACGAUCAAGAUGGUAGAAAAGUUUAUAACAAACCAUUAGUGCCUUUAAACGGAGAAAUAUUAUUUACAUCUCCAAGUAGAGUUCUUAAUGGGUCAGUUGGUUCAAACUUUACUUUUACUUUUGUUUUAUCAAAUCAAAACCUUGUGAUUUAUAAAGAAUCAAUAAUAAAAACUAUUGUCAAUUGCUUAAAAUAUCAAUAUCUAGAAAAUGGGGUUUGUCAAAACUGUGCACCGGGUACUUUUGGUUAUAAUGGCCUAACUUGCUAUAGUUGUAGUAGUGAUUUAAACUGUCCUGAUGGUUUGUCUAUUUUCUGGAAUCAGGGUUAUUGGUUUUUAAAGGAUUACUAUCCCAUCAAUAUUUAUAAUUGCAACCCAAAUAUUUGCCAACCUCUAAUAUGUAGACUAAACCAUACUGGUGUUUUAUGUGGCCAAUGCUUUAAAGGUACAUCAAAAUCUGGUAAUUACUGUGUCAGUUGUGAUAAAACAAAUUAUAAUAUAAUUGGUGGUUAUAUAGCUUUGGUUUCAUUUUUAAUAAUACUUUUAAUAUUUUGCAGUUUGCCAAAUAGAACAAUAUUAUUUUCAUUAGUUACCACUGUUCAAUUAAUUAGUAUAAUAUCAACAAACAUCGAAAACUAUACAUUUUUUCAAAUAUUUAAUCUAAGAAUUGACUACCUCUCAAAUUCAUGCACCAGCCCAGCUUUAGACUAUUAUUAUAAAUAUUAUAUUGGCUUAGUCACAAAUCUAUUUAUUACCACAGUUUCGACAAUACUGAGGUCAUUGAAGAAUUUUAUCAGGGCAAAAUAUAAAGGAACAGAUCAGAAAAACCCACUGGCACCAACAGCAAUACAAUAUUUUGUAUCAGUUUCAACUUUUUUUAUAAUACCCACUAUUUAUUUUGUUUCUACAACUUUUAAUUGCCAAAAAAUUAAUGGUCACUAUUAUUUGCUAUAUGACACAGAUAUCAAGUGUUAUACAAGAUCUCAUAUUAUCGGAAUGUCAAUAGGAAGUGUAUUUCUUUUUUACUAUUUAUCAGUUAUUAUUUAUUGUAUAUUUUUAGCAACCAAAUGCUAUCCACCAAAGCUUUUAUUUAAUCACUUCUUAUAUAUAAACUCAAGAUUUUUUAAUAGCCCAAGCGAAGAAACCAAAGGAGAAGAUAGAGAAAAAUUAAGAAAAGAUAUUAUCAAAUCACAAAGAGAAUUAAUGAAAAAAGCAGUUUAUUUUUCACAUUUAAAAUUAAAAUCUUAUCAUUGGUUCCCAUCCUCAAUGGUUUUUAGCUUUAUUUACUGUGUACUCUCAACAUUUUUAGCUUCCCAUACAAAAGUUUUGCAAGUAGCCCUUCCUUCUAUUUUUAGUAUCCAAAUAAUACUCCAAGUAUAUUUUCAACCUUUUAAAAAGAAAUCAAGAUUUUAUUUCGAAAAUUCCCAAAGUUUCUUGGUUUUAAUUACAUUUGUUUUAUAUAAUUCAAGAUAUUUAAACCAAUACACCCAAUAUCCUAAUAGUAUACUGGGUUAUAUUUUUAUAUCUUUAUCGUCUUUUUCAAUUCUUAUUACUUUAAUUUAUAAAGUUUUAAAGAUUAAAAACUAUUUCAAAAUAAAAGUUAAAUAA